AAUUCCUUCUCCGAUCCCUCUUCUUUUAAAUUGCAUAUCAUACAGACAUAAUCAAAUGUGAAAGAAUUCUCAUCUUAGCCAUAGAACAGUACCAAGAUGGAUGAUACUAUCAGUAACGUUGUUUGUAUUACUGCUUGUAAUAGUAGCGGACAGCUGAAGAAUCAGACUCAGACUAAAACAAAGACGAGAAGCAAAUCCAAGAAGAAGCCGAUCAAAGUGGUUUACAUAUCAAACCCUAUGAAGGUUACAACGAGCGCCUCCGAAUUCAGGGCUUUGGUUCAGCAACUCACCGGCCAAGAUGCCGACGACCUCCCAAAUCUCCACCCUACGGCCAAUCCAAAGGUACCGGUAGAGAUAAGCAGCAGCAGGCAGCUGCCAGAAAUUUCAAACUCCAAGACCACCUGCACCCAAUAUUACGAUGAUCACGAUGAGAUUCACCAGCAUUUGUACGCCGACGUUGAUGGUCUUUUUGAGCCUGAAAUGCUCGACAGCUUCAAGGGUUUUCUUUGAAUUUAUACUAAUCUGUCAAUAUAUGUUUUGUGUUGAUUUUAUUUGAGUCUAGUUAUUUUCAAUUUUCAUCCAUGUUAAUGUAAUUUCCGGAAGC